GGCAACGCGUUUAAGUACUUUAGAUGAUCGGAUGUUUUUUUUGUUGAAAAACGAGGAAUUCAUUGAGAAAGGACUCCGACUCAACCUAAAAUGUAGGUUCCUAAUGAUAGUGUGGUCGCUGGGAAAAGUUAGUCGAAGAUACUCGUAGUGAAAAUUAUCGGUGCUCAAGAAUUCAUAGAUAGAAAAAGUGGAUUAGAUUCGAAUAUUUAGGACGAAUAUUUGACGAUAGAGGGUAUAGUGGGAUUGAAUGAUGGUCUAUAUUGAACGAAGUGGAAGAAGUAAGUAUUUGAGACUACAUGUGAAGAACAAAUUGGAAGUUAUAAUCGAAUAAAGAUCGGAAAUUUGAUUCUGGAAUUUUCUUGUCGGCAAAUCAAAGGCAGUAGUCGAAGUUUUAUACUCUUCCUUGGAAAAUAAAAUGGUGGGAAAUAGUAGCUCAGGAAAACCUGUUUUUCCAACCGCUAUGAUUUUUGUGGUUGCCACCGCUUCUUUUUGCGGUAUUGUGCUGGCCCUUCUACUGGGAAGUUUUCCAGUUGAUGCUGUCACAGUAGUUUCUGGACGAACGGACCCGGCUAAUGGGCCGGAUGAACUUCCUCACGGCGUAUCCGCAGAACGCUCUGAAGGCGUUGACGAUGAUGAAGGAGGGACAGAUGCGCAUGAGACGGAGGAGCUCAGGCGAGCGCUCGCUGCGCGUCUUACGGUUACGGACAGGAACGCGCGAUACGAAGAUAUCACUGGUGUUUCCAACGUCGAGACUGCGUCCGACGAGGUAACAACUCCUGUCAUGCCCCCCCUAAGUCUUGGGGAAAACAACAAUACAACGAGACCGGUACUCGAUCAAGAGCGGGAGCGCCAAGUAAACAAGGCGGUAGUCAAUAAUACAAGCCGCCCUGCUGAGGUCCCAGGCCAGUGUCCGUCUUCUUCUCUUUUUGACUGCUUGUCUCCUUUUGUAGUUCCUCAACCUAUCCAGCGACAAAACCUUGGCGCACCAGGAAAGAUAUCUUGCGCGCUAAAAAGCCAGUUGAAAGAGCUGUUAGCCUUGGUCAUGCAACUGCACACAGCGGUAAAAGGGAAAGAGGAGAAAGCUUAUGAUUGAUAGAAUCAGAAAUAGCACGUCCUCACACGCUUGAUAAAUGAUUUGCAUAACUUACAUGCAUGGCAGCAUCUAGAUGCGGUUGAUCUGAUUUUUAUGCCUAGGUCGUAGGGUUUGUAUAGGGCUGCAUUUGAAGUUCACAGUGCAAUUUCAUUUUUGUGUUCUACUUUUGAUGUUUUUUCAUAGACAGAUUUGCGAUUGGACGCAGAAGGACCUGAUAUGUGGAGAGACGAUGAAGCAGGGCCCCCAUCAUGUCUGUUACCUGCGCAAGAGACAGACAGACGGUGCGGCAGCCGUUCUGGGAUCAGGCGGCUUCGGGCGUGUGCACGAUGCAAUUCGAGUGACGGAAACGGGCAAACUGUGGCGUCGCAAAAGAUUUUUAUAUAGAUUAUGGAAAAACUAGAAAAGAAGAAUUUUCAUCUGAAGGUGGUAUAAAAGUUACUACAUUUUUUUAUUGCGCAGUAUUAUUUGUAAUAAUAUUGUCCUUAGUCUAAGAAGGCUCCUCAUAGAUUUCAACGCCUGUUUGCAUUUACCAUUUCCCGGAGAAUAUGAUGUAAAGAAGAGAAACAACCUGCUUCAGAAAUACAUGUACUACACCAACUGGGGGGCGCGUACUCAACCGCACUAGGUGGGUCUAAGUUUGUCUCAAACAGCAGUCAAAGACAGAAGAACUGGACAAGUGUCGUAUCACCGAGUCGAUUACCACGAAGCACGAUUCGCGCCUCCUGCAGUGAUCAAAGCCGUGCUCUCACAUCAAGUCCCUGUAGCUGCUGCUACAUCAAGUAUAACGGAAGGGGCCAAGCGGAGAGUGUGGGAGGGAAAAGGUGUCCCGAACGAUGGCGAGUUUGAAUUUGAGCAGGCGAAGGUCUGGAACGAACUGGUGCAGCAGGAUGGUCGACGAUAUGUCGCAGAGCAUCCACACGAGGUAGUGCUGAAAGAAUUGGUGGGGACGAGUCCUGAUGCAGAUGGAGUUCGGCGGACCGACCACGAAGAAAGGCGGAAACGUUCCAUGCUUAAGGCUCAUGAUUUAUAAUGAGCUGUCUUAUAGUCCUAAUGGGCAGUCCCAGUCAGUCUUGUACUUGCUUAACUAUUUUUGGGCUUUCGUACCUCGCCAUCCAAAAAGAAAAUGAAUACAAGCGAGAGCUUUGAGUCCUCAGCUUCCUUCUGCGGAAAUCAUUUUAGGAACAAGAUGUGCGGAAAAUGUGAAUCAAGAGCGUCCAUAAAUUCAUUAUUGAGUGGAGAGGUAUUACUAUGCCCUUUAUUAUUGGUGAAUACUAGGUGAGACCUAUGGGGCUGACAGGACGACGAUAGCGCCGGCGCUUAGUUAGUUUUAGCAGUUAGCCGGAUACUUGUUGAUAGUUACCCUUUUCUCUUUUGUAUCUUCCUCAGUUCUGUCUCUUUUCUAGUUAGGUCGGCUCCACCACAAUUAUUGAGUGGAGAGGUCUAAUCUUUUGGCUGAAAUUGACGUUUAUAAGCAGCUUCGACGUGGCGCGCACUUUGGCGAAGGGCCUUUGCUGCCAGAUGGCAGGCGGAAAGAUAGAUGUAUACCGGCAGGCGCCCCUUUGCUACUUAGCAGAGGAGGAAAUGUGGCGGCUGGUUCUUCUUCACUCUUAUCAGGUGUAAGAGCUACAAAUAAUACUACUAGGAAAUUGAAUGAGCUUCAUCAGCAUGUUGACGUCGGACCAUCAACGAAUCUCACGAGAGUAAAUCGAGAAGGAUUAGAUGAAGAUGAUCAACACAAAGCCAAAGUCGACUGCGCGGGUGAUGCAGCUACGGCGGGUGAAUUACGAGAAUGGGGCCGCAAGUACAUUGCACACAUGCUCGAUUACCACACACCGAGUCUUGGUCUUGUUCCAGGAAAAGGGCAAGUGAGUUUCGAUGCAGCCGGAGACUCCAAAAAAGAUUUUCUGAUCCUGGAAAAGGCUGAGGGAAGGGAUUUGCGCGGCGAAAUUAACUCUGUUCUAGAGAAUGGGUGGUACGAAAAAGAAGGUCUACCAUCCGAUUACGUGCGCGCAGCAGUCAGUAAGCUUGUAUGAAGACGAAAAUUUUUUUUUUGUUCAUUCUCGUGCAAAGAUCUUUUUGCAGCUGUGUUGUGCUACUUUUUAGCUUUUUCAUCUUUAAAAUGCCGUCCUCUCGCUCCCAUCCCAUCCAGUAAAAAGUGAGUUGAACUUUUUGGUUAACAUACAGGUUCUUGAGUAACGUAGGUAAGUACAUCAUGUUGCACGAAGAUCGAUGAGCCUUCAUACCUAGCUCUGGGCAGUUUUCGACAGCGGGAGCGGUUAGUGGCGAAGGUGAUGCUUGCUCUGAUGCGUGGCGUUGCUUUUAUGCAUCACCACGAUGUGACGCACCGAGACUUGAAGCCGGAAAAUAUCAAGGUUGCUUUUUCUCCAGCUGAUCCCGAAAACCCGGAUGGCGAGGUCGAAGUGAAAUCGUUGAAAAUUUUUGAUAUGGACCUGGGAGUUCUGAAUUCGCAGACGCCAGACAAGUGCAAGUCUGAACCGGAGCAGCUUGUCGGAACACACGGCUACAUUUUAUGACCACAUCACCAGGACUGCUUGUUGUUGUUGCUUACAUAGUCUACGUUAUAGAAGAGAGUCACAUAAUACAAAUAUAGAAGAGUCAAGAAUAAAGAUAUGAGAAUUGAAAUCCGUAAUAUUUUGGGUUAAAGAAACCCUAGAAACUGCGAGAGGGACAACAUCGACUUCACUACUUCAUAUGGGCCGCCCGAGGUGUACAAAUAUGCGGGGCGCAAGCAAUGGACCCUGUUGAAGAUGCCGUUUGAUCCUGUGGAGCGCAGUAUGUAUUUGAAACACCUCCCGAAGUUCGACAUUUGGUCUGCCGGUCAGUUAUUUUGGCAGUUGCUCUUUUUCACGCCUCGUUUCGAGCUUGGACCCGAGGCGUAUGGUUUUGAGCCGCCUCUGAAAGAAGUGACCGAGCACAAAGAUUGGGAUUUCCUUCAGUGGGAUCACGAUGAAUUCUCUUACGGACCGACACCACUGAAGCGAUCUUCAGAAGAGCACAUACGAGCUGUGACCAACAUAAGCGAGGAUCAAGAUGUUCUUGAAUCAGAACGGGAGGUAUUUGCAGAUGACAUGCGAGUCGUGAACAACGUGACCGAGGAUCAACAUGUUCUUGAAGCAGAAGAAGAGCCCCAUGAAAGAACGGUGCGCAAGUUGAGCCAGCUUCUCCGUUUUGUGCCGGAAGACCCAGAGGAAAGUUGGGACGCUAAUCCAGACGUGAAAAGAGACCGCCGGUUACGUGUUCUGAAAAGGCCCAUUAACGUAGAGCCAACACCCCAAAUGGGUCGUAAUGUUAAGAAAAGAUUUGGUACUUAAUCAGGAAGACUACUUGUUACAAGGUAAGUAUUUAUGGUUAAGUCAGGUUUUGGAAUCGCUCCGACUAGUGUCAAGUCUCCGAGUGUUCAGUCAAGCUUCGAAUCACGUCUACUUUCUGCCCAGUUGAACUCUUCCUGUAUGGAUGUUUGUGCUCUUUGUGUCUAGAAAAAUGCAAAAGAAAGUUCGUAGCGAAGAUUCCCCAUUUCUUUUUUCAUAGAAAACGGGGGAGUGGAACUUAUCAAGAGCAUGAUGGACCCCAACCCUGCGAAUCGGCCAAGCGCGAUUGAAGUUGUGAGAAUUUUAGAGGAAUAUUUGGACGAAACAGAACCGAAAAGACCGACACAUGCCGCAUCGUCUGAUAAUCUCUGAGACAAAUAUAAAGAAGCUGAUACCGAAUACGUAGGGAUCGGAACAAAAAGCAAGGACAAUUCCGAUCGUAUAAUUUCAAAAUAACAGAUUGAUAAGUGUAACGUAGUCUACUUGGAUUCUGAUUUUAUAGAUUAGCUUGACAAUAAGGAACGCGGAGCAAGGAAUAAUCAACUAGACGUUGGAAUCGGAAAUUUGUGGACAUUUUUUAUGCGGCAGUUGUUAUCGAUUAGGCUCUCGAAGGACCGCAGGGGAGGAGUUGUCCGAUUGCCACCGUGGUAGCUUCAACGCUAGGCACGGGCGGCAAUGGUCCCAAAGGUGCGCCUCAUCCUUCUGAUGCCGAUGUUUCGAUUUUUCCGAUAUUCGUUGAGAAAGUUUGUAGAUUGUUCCUUUGGUAGUUAUGUUCGAAUGCAUUAGAUAUUUUAUUUUUGCUUUCUUAAUAUACUCACUUUUAUGACACUAGUCCGUGGUGAUUAAUUUUCCGGAGAUGUAUAAAGCAAGAUAUGUUUUUAGAACUACACAUGAAUGUUUUUAUCAAGGUUUGUCCAUUUGAUCGACCUUAAUAACGGCUGAUAGGAAACAGUACAACGAGCGUAUCAGGAGGAAUGAAAACCGUGCUCUUCCUGAUAACUGAAUGAAAAUCGGGCCGAACAAUGAUGGCAAGAUGUUGCCAAAAAAUGUAACGUUGACCUUUGCUAUGUGAUUUUUUUUCACCAACAGUCUGUCUGUGUAUUCAGGUCCUUGCGCUUUCAAUUAGAUAAUGGUUUGCUAGAGGAUUUCUGCUCCUCGAAAUGGUUACCUGAACUAGAAACAUAGUCGUCGAGUUGUAAUUGGAACUGCUGGAGGUGAAUGCAAAUUUUCAGCCUCAUUCUGGCACGAAAGAUUUUCCUUGAAAUGGAAAUGCGUUUACUGGGAUAUCGAUAUUGAUGAUGCCUGACAAAAUCACAUGCGUCUGAUGAAAAUGGAAUCGCAAU